GCCGCCAAGAUGAAGGUUUGCUUUGGGGUCUGCCUCGCCAUGGCCAUUGCCGCCCAAGCCAACACCCACAAGAAGGGGGCAUCCGUCGCGUCAAAGCACGGAGUGGAGGCCGCGACAGCGUCCCGCGUUCUCGCUGCUGCCCACGCGCACAGCACGGACUACGAACCCAGCACGAUUGAUGCGUUCGAUGAAGCCGGCGCGAUCAAGGACACGCCAUACGACUUUCUGAGCGCCGCCCAAGCGUCUCGAUAUCGGUCGACGCACGACGACCACGCGCACGACGGCCAGUACUGGGACAACGACCACGCGCACCACGGCCAGUACUGGGACGACGACCACGCGCACCACGGCCAGUACGGGCACGACGACCACGCGCACCACGGCCAGUACCAUGACGACGUGCACGUGGAGGUGAUUGCCGACGAAGACGGGUGCCCCGAGGUGCCGUGUCGCGAAGUCUCGGACUUUGUGAAUGGCAAGUGCAUGUACACGCCGCAGCCGCAUGGUACGCUCUGCCCGGGCCAGAGCUGCGACAACGACGGUCCGUGCGACGCCGACGAGAAGGACUACUGCGACAGCGACGGCACGUGCCUCAACGGCUACAAGGAUCAAAGCACCGUCUGUCGCAGUGCCCGCGACGCCUGCGACACGGCCGACUACUGCAGUGCCGACAGCAGUCAGUGCCCCGACGACGAGUUUGCGCCGUCGACCAAAGUGUGCACCAAGAUGGGCAAGUCCACGGGGGGGCCGUGCGACGCCCCCGACUACUGCGACGGCCGCGGUCACUGCGUGGACAUGUUCCAGUCCAAGAAACACGUGUGCCGCCGCGCCGCCGACGUCUGCGACGAGGCAGAAACGUGCACGGGCGUCAGCGGCGACUGCCCCAGCAACAGCUUUGCACGCAAGGGCAUCGAGUGCACCUCGAUUGGCAAAUCGUCGGGCGGCGCGUGCGACAGCGUUGACUUCUGCGACGGCUACGGCAAGUGCAUUGAUCACUUUAAAAGCACGAGCCAUCUCUGCCGCAAACCAGUCGACGUUUGCGACGAGCCCGAGUACUGCUCGGGCGAGUGUGGCGUCUGCCCCGACGACCUCGCCGCGCCCGUGGGCAAGGUCUGCACCGAGAUUGGCAAGUCGAGUGGUGGCAAGUGCGACGGCGUCGAUGUCUGCGACGGGCACGGACGCUGCAUCGAUACCUUCCUCCACAGCGGCGUGGUCUGCCGCAAAGCGAGUGACAUUUGCGACGUGUCCGAGUACUGCACGGGCUACAACGGCAAAUGCCCCCACGACAAGUUUGCAUCCCGAACGACCGAGUGCACGCCGAUCGGAGAGUCGUCCGACCACGCGUGCGACGGCGUCGACUACUGCGACGGCCACGGCAAGUGCGUCGACCACUUUGAGAAGGACACGCUGUGCCACGUCGCCGAGGACCUCUGCGACACGAACCUCUUCUGCAACGGCGCCCACGCCUCGUGCCCCCGCAGCACGCACGACACACACGACUUCGGGAACGACUACGCCUCUGUCUUUGCGUACAAGGCGCGUCAGUGCUCGGCCAAGGCAGCGCAGCAGUUUGUCUCGGUGUACGAUGCGCCGGGGGGGCAUGCAGCGCUCCUCUUGGUUGCUGUCGCUAUGGUGGGUGCCGUCGCGGCUAUCGUUGCCGUCUCCGUGUCCAGGAAGGUGGCACCGUCGGCCACGUCGAUGGAAGAUGGCUACGUGCCACUGACGUAAGAGACGCACGAAGCAUCGCCCUCUCGUCGCCGUGUUCAUGAGUUGCUGUCGGUUGUCAGUAUAAUAGAUAUUGUUCAAUAUGUGGAAGCAAUUGUGUACGAAAUGGA